GUUUUGUUCAUAAAGAGUUGAUGGAGCAUUUGUUUUGUCUUGGAUUGUGUGAAGCCAUUCACCAGUCUAGAUGAUCCUCAAUUUGAGUUUUGGGGACAAAACUCAUUUUUAGGAGGGGUGGAUGUAAUACCCCAAAAUUUUGUGAUAUUUUAGCAUUAAGUUAAGGAUUAAAUUGUGGAAAAAUAUUGUUUUGGGCUUAAUAGCCAAAAUGUCCAAACUUGAGGGACUUAAAAGAGGAUAAAUUUGGAUAAGGAUGGCUUUUCUUUUUUUUCUUUCUUCUUCAGCCCGAUUCUGCUCUUCUUUCUUCCCCUGCACCGAGCAAAACAAAAAAAAAAACCAAGCAAGCCCGACAGCCCUCCCUUGAAGAAACCGAUAAGAAGCUUGGUUUUUGCCUUCUUUUCUUGUCCAAGAGCAAGAUUUAGGAGCUUAGAAACCUUCUCCCCCUCUGCAGAAUUCCGGAUCUGCUCUGCUCCUUCCUUCCUCACCGCCGGCUGCUCUUGAUUGUGGGUGAUUUCUGGGCAUUUUUUCGAUCCCUCUAAAUUCCCCUGCACUGCCGCUGGCUUCUCCCCCCUGUUAGGUCCGGUUUGCAGCUGGAAAAUCUGGUAUGUUGACAGCUCCAAGCUUGAAAUUUUAUCAGUUAUUUGCUGCCCUGUGUGUGUCCGAAAAUCUGUUGAAAAAUAGGGGAGAAAUUUGACAGUAAUUAGAGCAUAAUUAAGCUUAAUUCAUUGAAAUUUUUAUGCUUUUCAUUAAAUUGAGCAUGGCUACUUGAAAUUUAAUUGAUUGUCCUGAUGAUUUGAAAGUGAUUGGUGAAUUAUGAUUUUUUUGUUAACUUCUUCCUGUUUUGUCUCCGAUGUGGUUAUGUUAUUAAUGAUCCUGCUAGUUGGGGUUAAAUGCUAGCACAUGUCGACAUGUUAUUGAUAGAACCAGUUCGUGCAAGUGUAGCCUGCCAGUGGGAGGUUUAAACACUGGCCAUGACCUAUAGAGGAGACGUCUAUUUCAUUCCCAUACUGUAUCCAUUUUUCGUGCUUACACUUGUUGGCAUGCUAUAAGUUUAAUAAAGGGCACUCCAUAUUUACUUACUGAGGUUAUCUCAUAGUUUUUCCUUGUCCACCAUUUCAGGAAGCGAAACCGAGGACGGGGAAACCACGGGAAGUGACGAGUUAGAAGGCUAGCCAUUUCGAGAUUGAUAUAGAUUUAGAUAUAAAUCAUGAUCUUGUAAACCAGAUUGUAUUUGGAGAUUUUAUGAUAUCAGAGAAAUUUUAAAAUUUGAUCUUCAGAUUUUGUGGUAUCAGAUUGUGAUAUGGUUAAGUUCCGAACCUUGUGCAUUUGUGGGACCCUCUCACAAAUGCACGGCUCCCACAAAUGCACAGCGUCUGUCGUGUCUCGAAUUUGGGUUUUGAGACGUGACAUUGGGUAUUGUUGAUUACAUGAGAAAAAUCUAAUUUGAGUUCGGAUCUUACUAAAAAACCAUCAUCUAG